AUGAAGGUCAAGAUCAAAAAAUGGCAUGCAGUUGCAACAUGGAGAUGGGAUAUGCCCGAGGAUGAAGUCUGCGGUAUCUGUCGAGUACAGUUUGACGGAACAUGCCCAACCUGCAAAUUCCCAGGCGACGACUGUACGUUACUUGUGGGAAAAUGUGGCCAUUCAUUCCAUAUGCACUGUCUUUUGACGUGGAUUCAACAAGAGUCAUCAAAAGGACUCUGUCCCAUGUGCCGUCAGAAAUUCGAAUGGAAACAAGCCGGUGACACGGAGCAACAGGUUGCAUGA